UCUUUUUGUACAAAAAGAAGCAAAUCCAUAAGGCACUGAGUACUUUCAGGAAAUUCAGUUUACAAUGGUGUUAUGUGUCUUACUACAUCAAAGAUAUGGAAACAGAAAAUGGGUAGAAUCGGAGCAUGCACAAGAGGUUUCAAAAGUUAAAAGGAAGCUCUCUGAAGAGGAAGAAGAAGAAGAGGAGGAGAGAGAAAAAAGAAACAAGCAGUAUGGGGAUGUCAAAGCUGGAAGUCAAUUUGCAGCGACUGCUGUUGCACUGUGAUGAGCUAGCAAGGGAAGACAAGAAAGACUGGAGACUUGAUAAGUAUAUUUUAGCCCUUGAUGAGAUGAUUUCAAGUCUUCAGAAGUUGCCCAACAAACCAAAUAAGGACACCAUGGCUGAAUACGUCAGAAGAGUUGUGUUCUUAAAGGGCAUAGCAGAAACCAAUAAACUGAAUAAUCCCGUGGAAAAAGUAGUCGCUGCACAGUUACUCCCACAUGGCACAGCAACAGCAUCAGAAACAAUAAUUAAAGAAAUACAUCAAAAGACUACCUCUAAAUAUAAUAAAGAAUUGCGAGAACAGCUUUUACAAACAGAAAAAGGAACAGAUAGUGACAUCAGACAGAGAAAGCCAAAAACAUCUGGAAAAGAUUUGGACGAUUUGUUAAAAUUACAUCAUUCAAUGCAGGAGAAAAUUGCCGAAGACAUGAUCAGCUUGGCUCGAAAUUUGAAACAACAAUCCCAGGUUGCCAGUAGCAUUAUUAACAAGGAUAAUGAGGUAUUAAGCAAAUCAUCUACACAAACAGAUAAAAAUAUAACUAGAUUGAAAACUGAAUCUGAAAGACUACAAGAAUAUAGUCGAAGAGCUUGGAAAUGCUGGCUUUGGCUCAUGGUAGCAGUGGCAGUGAUGAUAUUCUUUGGUAUGUUACUGUUUAUAAGGGUAACAAAGAAAUGAAAAGUGGAAAAUAGAAUCAACAAUGCCAUGAAAAAUUGUAUGUUUUGUAUUUAUAUUUUAUGUUAAAAUACUUUAUAAUAAAGGUUGAUGCUGUUUU